AUGGCGGCAUCCAAUAUGGCGGCAUCCAAUAUGGCGGUUCAAAGAAGGACAUUUUUUGCUACUUUGCCGAAUUCUUAUUUUGUACGAUUUUCCAUUUAUUAUGUCUGGCAAACCACAAAAAAACGGACAAAACGAGUUACCGAAGUACUUGAAAUUGACAGUGAUGAAGAUGGAGGUAUUAGUGCAGUUUACAUUCCUAAUGAAAAUGAUUCUGGAAGCUCUGAUUCUGAAUCAGAUUCUGAUGAACAAGAUCCUUCAAACAGUCCUAAUAAAAUUCCAAAUGUUUCAUAUCAUAAGGUACUACAUGAGUAUGAAGAAAAUCAAUCAAUAUUAGAGCCAAACCAUGAGUAUAGUUGGGUAAGUGGAGAAAAGAAGUACACUGACAUUCUCGAAGAUAAAAAUUUGCAUUCUGAUAAAACAAAGAAUAUGAUUCAAAAAAUCAAAAAUUAUAUUGUAGAGUGUACACAAGAAAAUGGUUAUCCUCUAACAUUACAAGAAUUGCAUGUUUUCCUUGGAAUUAUACUAUUAUCAAUCAUCAAUAUAAGAAAAUCGCAAAAAGAUUAUUGGUCCAAUAAACUAUUACUAGGAUGUAAUCUUGUGAAAUCAGCGAUGAGUAGAAAUAAGUUCUUAAAAAUAAAAUGUAAAAUAAAAUUAUCUAAAGCCGAAGAUCAAAAUAGCAAUGAUAAAGCUUGGAAAGUAAGAAAAGUUCUUGAAAUUUAUAGAAAAAAUUGCUUACAAUUUGGUUUUUUUUCUACAGCGUUGGCUAUCGACGAGAUGAUGGUGAAGUUUUACGGAAGAACAAACUUGUUACAGUUUUUGCCUAAUAAACCAGAUCGGUUUGGACUAAAAAUUAUUGGGAUUGCUAGUCCAGCAGGAUAUUUAUUUGAUUGUGACAUCUAUUGCGGUCAAGGCUCACAAGUUUAUUCCGCAGAUAAAAAAUUAAAACUAUCUAAAUGUUCUUUAGGAAGUUGUUUCGUAAUGUUAAUGGUACAGAAGUUGCUUACUUCAGUCGUUCCUAGAAAAAUUAUGCAAUACCACGUAUGGUUUGAUAAUUAUUUUACAAGCCCAGAUCUUUUAGUUCAUUUGCAUAAUCUUGGUUUGAAGGCUACAGGUACAGUUAGAGUAAAUCGAGUAAAAGUAAAAAAUAAUCUUGAUAAGAAAGCAGAACGCGGCACAUUCAUUGUUCAGCAUGAAAAAAAUAGUGGUAUGAUUUUAUAA